CUAGCUGUCUUGAGAGAGCUGAGCCAGGAGCGGAGGGAAGAAUACCACGCGCUGGGUCCGAACCGGAGCUGGACUGGAUUCUUCAAGGCUUCCAUUCCAUUCCAUGGGGUAAAGCGAUCCCAUUCCCACUCCUAUCGUCUGCCUCCAAGACAACAGUUUUAAUCUGCUUGCUUGCGCUCUGCUGCCUCUGGUUCACGUUCACCGCCUCUAUUCCAUGGGGUAAAGCGAGCAGUUUUAAAUACGAGAGGCCCUCGCUUGUCACUGAAGCCGCGGCUUCUUGUGCCUUGCAACCUGCCGUUGGGGCUUCUUCUCUACAAAUACGUUGCGCGCCAUGGAUGGCGACUCGAAGAAGCUGAGGUAGAAGCGGUGCACGCAGCAGGGCCUAGAGCCUCCGUCUGCUGAAGGGUUUGAUCCUGAUUUCAUCUAUGUGUCUGGCAGGCUUCGGGUUGUCUUCUUUUUUUCUCCGUAAAAGCUGAGGUGAAAAAAGGGUUCGGUUUUCUGGAGUAGGAAAGGGAGGUAGAGGUGGACGCCAGGGUUCAGCGAUACCACCUCAAGAAAGCAGGCCUAUUGGAAUAGCGGAAAUGAACAGCAGCGGGGAGUACGAUGCUGCGUUCGCAGCCACAAUUGCAGCAGCAGCAUUUGCAAUCGCUGCCCGUGAGGAUAAGCUCGCGGCUCAAAAGAACUCCGUCCCCAUCGAGGAGGUGACCCCUUCCCUAUCGCCAGUCAAUAGAGCUGAAGGCACCAAAAAGCCUGCAGGAGGCAACAAAAUCGCGAGAUGGUUUAGCGGCAAGGAGCCUAUAGAACACGACGACGACGACGAGGGGCCAGUUAAUGUAUCGGUAAGGAGGCCACUGAAACCAGCACCUGGAAAGCCUGAGGACGUGCCUGCAGAUCAUCACAAGGUGGCACCCAGGAUGCUUGAGACUUCUCUGGGUGUGAGGAAGGGUUCGGGAUCUUCCAGCAGGUCGGCAGAGAGGAAAUGGAGCAAGGAGUUUGAGCAAGAACAGGCUGUUCAGAAAGCGCCCUCGGCCGUGAGGCCAGCCACGUCAUACCGCUCUGGACGGAAUGGAGAAGGCGCGGCAGGAGUAGCUGCUACUGGCGGCACGGGAUCUAAGGCUGAUGAAUGGGAGAAGGCAAAGCUUGGAAGAGUUAGAGAGGAGUAUGAGAAGAUGAUGGAGACCAUAGCCGAAUGGGAAACUGAGAAGAAGGUGAAGGCGAGACGCCAAAAAGAGCAGAAAGAGACCGAGCUGGACAGAAAGAGAGAAAAGGCACUAGAAGAAUACAACCUGGAGAUGACAAGGAUCAGCAAAAUCUCUGGAGGAGCAAGGGCGAUGGCGGAGGAGCGAAAAUACAACGAUAGGAAAAAGAUCAGAGAGAAGGCGCGCAAGAUGCGAUCCACAGGAAAGCCUCCCCGCACGUGUGCUUGCUUUUGAGAACAGCUGCAUACGCUGAAAUUUGGAACCAAAACCAAAUGAAGGACGUCAUUUUGGACGGUUGUAAAAGGCACGCAAUAGUGACGUUCUGUAUUGUAAUAUGUAUUUGGCUUUGACAAGUUAUGAGUGCACAUUCCACUGAAGGCAACAUCAACAUAUUUUUGAAGGGUGUGGAGUUAAGGAAUAAAAAAAAAGAUCCACCAUGCAUCAACAUUCAAGAUGAAGCAUGGAGUAGGAACUGCCCCAAGAACAACGAGAACGAAAACAUAUAUUCAUCAUAAAGGUCAAGAUUUAGGAUUCCCAUUCAAGGUAUAAGGUGUGAGACUAGUAUCAUCCAAUUCAAGUGCUGAGGUUCUUCUUGAGCUUUGGCCACCAGACUUCUCAGAUUCAUUCCUAUUUUUGUUGAUUGUUGUCUCCUCA